AUGCAGGACCUUGCUCCAGAUCUGAAUGCAUCCUUUUCGAGCAUUGUACCACAGCCAGCUGCUAUGCUCACCGAAACAUACAUGCACGGUCUCGCCGUCACCCUCGGCCUUCUCCUCUUCCCCGUCAUCACCGCCUUCUACAUCCACAAGGACUACUGUGCCUUCCUAUCCCUCGGCCCUGGCGGCACUCCCGCAACACCCAUAGGCUACCUCAAAAUCAAGCUCCUCUCGCUCAUCUGCCUGCGGGAUCCGCGGCGUCCCAUUCCCAUUCCACCACACUACCGGCCGCAGAGAGGCUACUUUAUCGAAGACGCACUGCCGCACCGCACUGGCCAUAAGCCAGAGAUCCGCGGCAUAGCUCCGCAGCGCCAGCAAACGCAGAUUAGCACAAAGGAAAUCUACGCAAAGCUUGUACUCAAGAUCAAGGAGCUCGCGAGCGAUCCCCGCAACAGGCUCACGGAGCGAACCAGUUGCUUCGAGAAGCACAGCACCGGCCUCUUCACCAGCAUCCCCAUUACCAGGACCUGUGGAGGCGAGAUAUGCCAUGCACACCCGAGCGACGGCUCCAUGCACCUGACGCUGCACCCGGCUGACGCGAAUCUCAUCAUGGCUCACGGCUGGGGCGAGCGCCAUCCGUUGGCGCGGGGUGGGUGGUGCAGAAAGUUUGUCCCUCGCGAAUUCAUGCUCGUCUACGCGCCCAGAGACGACGAGGAGGUCGAGAUUGUAACCAAGAUUGUUGCAGCCAGUAUCUGGUGGGUCAGCGGUAUCAAUGUCAGUGGGGACACCGAAGGUCCGAGAAGGAAGAGCGCAGACGUGGCGGCUAUCGGUAGGGAGAUGCAGGGAGACCAGUGCUGGACUUGUAGGAUGAACACGUGUGGGGGUAACAAGGUUGAGCAAAUGGCGAGCGAUGCUUGA